AUGUCUGCGAGUCCCGUAUCUUCGUCUGGAGGCGACCACAAGCCCAGCAGCGAUCAAAUCCAUUUCAAAUUCUGCCGCGAAUGUUCCAACCUGCUAUACCCCAAAGAAGACCGCGUGCAAAACCGCCUCAUGUUUACCUGCCGUMCCUGCCACGUCUCCGAGCCAGCGACCUCGCCAUGCGUUUACCAGAACAACCUCAACACUCAAGUCGGAGAAACAGCCGGUGUAACUCAGGAUGUGGGAUCUGAUCCUACGGUUGGUGACCCAGAAUUCUGCCUCCAUUGUGGUGAAGAGCUAGCCUGCGCGCAAUGCGGUGUUCUCGCGUCUGGUGGCGCUCUUUCGGACUACCACUCUUCUUCAGAUUAUGAUGAUGAUUCCAGAGAAGAUGUGGAUGCUGCCGCGAUCGAACAAGCUAUGUCCGAGCUGCGGAGAAAACGAAGCGGUCUUCUUCCAGAGUCAGCAACGUUCAGCCGAGACUGGAAUGAAACUCUACUACGUGUGCUGCACCUGCGGUAA